AUGAAAAUAUUUAUAUUAAUGGGCAAAUUUUCAUUGCAGCUAACUUAUCCAGCAUGGGAAAAUGUCGCUCAAAAAGCCUUCAAACUUGCCACGCAAAUGAAGUCAACGUUAUUGUGCAUGAAUGCUUUUAUUGAUGCUAUACAAACAGUUGGCGAUGCAGCUAAUAAUUUGAAAGGUGCUACACGUGAUAUAGGUGCAUGUUUAACACGUGUUUGUAUGCGGCAACGGUCAAUAGAAAAUCGUCUGCGUAGUUUUGUAGAUUCAUUAACAGACGACUUGGCUGUGUGCCUGCACCAAAAAGGUACGCAUUGGAAACAGCGAACAGCAGAGAUGGAUCGGCAUGCUAAUAAAUUUUGUCGAAAAAUACGGUCACGCAAAGGCGGUAUUGAUGUGAGUGCUGUAAAUGAGCAGCGCCGCAUUUGUCAAGCUUUACUUACUGAGCAGCGAAAUCAGACGUCGUUUUUUGUUGCAGCUCUCCUACCCACCCUUAACAAUCAGCUUGGUCUUUUGGACGAAAGUGGCCAUCUUCGACAAGUAACCGACCAUUUACAUUCAACACUGCAGUCUGGCAAGGGUACAGAGAUUAUUGACACAAUUUUAAAUGACAUUCAUCAAGGUUCUGAUAACUCCUGGCGUAGCUGCUUAUCAAGUAAUGCCAUUCGAUCUUCCUGCAUUUAUAGUGGUGAUGAGGUGUCAAUUAGAGCACCAUCACCAACACCCAGCACAUCAACUUGGCCCACCUCUGUUGUCAGCUUUCCAUCUAGUACGGGUUCGUCAUCAAUACGGGCACAUACAAUAUCAGUAGUAGAGCAGCCACGGCGUACAGUAAUUAGUUCACGAACUUAUACACCUCCAUCUCCAUCACAACCUCUAGAAUUUGCAUUAAAAAAGCCACCAUUACCAAAAAAAACAGUUCCAUCAUGUAGUCCUGUUGUCCCUCCGAUUCCAGAUUUUCACGGAUCUUGCGCAGGAAUCGAGGUAGACUUAAUCCUUACUACCACAUUGCAUAAUGGAGAAGUAUCAUCUUGUUCAUCAACAGAUGUAUCUGGGGAUUCUACUCUAAGACGGUCUUCUAGACCACUAAGUUUUGCAUGUGAAGACAUGCUGACAUCGCGUCCUAAUAGAACACCUACUCCAACUCAUAAUGGUCAUAUUGAUAUUAACACACGUUCGGAAAACGAUGGUGAUUUGUUUUUUGCUCGCCUUUGUGCUUUCUACUGUGCUUCAUUGAACAUUUUUCUUUCUUUAGGAAAUGCAGCGAAAGCAAAUGCAUCUUUAAUUGCGGAAACUCUCGAGCAAAUCGAUAAACUUGGUUCGGAGCUGGACACAUACUGUACAACAACGUCCCUUGCUAUGACUCAUCAAGGCAUUCGCUUCCGUUCGGGAAGUUGUAAACCUCCUCCACCACCAGAACGCCGCAAUUCAACAAUCACUGCUGCCACUCCAACUGCACCGUCUGUUGCUGAAAUAAGAGCUGCUGGCGGCACUACAGGUUCAUCAGAUUAUGCAUCGUCUAUUGCAUCAUCAAGUGAAUUAAGUCGUGAUCAGUUUUCUAUGCGAUACGUCUGA